AUGGAAGCCGAAUGGACAGAAUGUCGCGUUCUUGCGCUUAUAGAGGAUAUAAAGCAAUAUCCGUGCUUGUGGGAUCCUAAAGACAAGGAUUACAAAAGUAGAAAUAGAAAAUUUGAUUGUUUAAAGAUUUUAAGUGUUAAAUAUGAGUGCUCUCCUGUUGACAUAAAGAAGAAAUGGUCUAACCUUCUUCAAUCGUAUAGAGCAUGUCGCCGUAAAAUUAAAUCUAGUAAAAAAUCAGGAGCAGGACGAGAUGACAUUUACAAACCAACAUGGUUUGCAUUUGAUCAUAUAAAUUCAUUUAUGACAGACAUGUAUAUUCCACAUGGAACUUUAGAUUCAAUAAAUCAAGAAAAAGACAGUGAUGAGGAAAAUAACGCUGAGAUAUUACAAAAUGAAAACAUUGAAACUAACGAAGUGGAAGUAAUCGAUAUCGGUCAGACAUCUACAAAUAUUAAACAGGAAGUAAAAGUUUUCUCGUCCCUGGAAGAAUCGUCAAAGGUUAAAAAGAAGAAAAGACAAACACAAAUUGAUGAACGAAUUGAUGAAGCAUAUUCUUAUCUAGCGGCAAAAAAAAGGAAAGAAGAAACAUCAGAAAAACGACAGAAGGAUGAAUGUGAUAUUUUUGGAGAAUUGAUCGUUACUAAAUUAAGGAAACUCGACGACUAUACUCGACAAUUAAUUAUGAACGACAUAAACACUAUAAUGUUCCGAGCAACCAUACAACCUACUCAGAAUUUUCAACGUGAUAAUUUCACACAACCUAAUACUUUUAUUCAAUCCCCGCUAUCUCCCGUUUGUUCUUAUUCAGUGCAAUCUUCGCCAAUUGUUUCAUCCCAACCAUCUCCUAAUAUUUCUUACACACCCCACCCAUCUCCUAAUACUUCUUACACACCCCAACCAUCUCCUAACACUUCUUACACACCCCAACCAUCUCCCAACUCUUCUUACACACCCCAACCAUCUCCUAAUACUUCUUACACACUCCAACCAUCUACAUCUGCUUCUCAUACAGCGACUUAA